AUGGAUAACCCAAGGGACUGGACCGAUGGGCUGAAGCCUGCCGCGCCUGGUGGAGCUACUGUUAUUGCCAGCGAGCGAAAGCGAUCGGACAUCAACUUACAGCAGCUGUCUGAGCACCUGAUGGGGUCUGAAUAUCUCGAGCGCCAGAGACGAGUAUUGGCCAUCUUGGGAAAAGAAAAGAUAUUUUCAAAGUCGACCCAGGCAAACCUUUCGCGGCCUGACAGGUACAAGCUUGGCCUGGCUCGCGGGAAGCGUAUGAGACAGCUACAAGACACGCAUGGCUGGGACGACGAUGACUUCUUGAUGGCCGAAUAUCUUGUGGACGACAUUCAACCAUACCAUCUCCACAUAUCACUCUUUACUGCUGCAGUUCGUGAGCAAGCGAGCGAUGAGCAGAGGGCUUACUGGAUGCCCAAGAUCGCAGCGUGGGAAGUCAUCGGUGCCUAUGCCCAGACUGAACUCGGCCACGGCAGCAAUGUGCGAGGGCUAGAGACUGAAGCACGGUGGGAUCCGACCACGAAAGAAUUCAUCAUUCAUAGUCCCACCAUCACGGCCAGCAAAUGGUGGAAUGGGACACUGGGCCGGACAGCAAAUUAUGCGGUUGUCAUUGCCCAGUUGAUGCUACCGGAGAACGGCACCUACAAGUCAUACGGACCGCACCCGUUCCUCGUCCAGAUACGCGACCUAAAGACGCAUCAACCCCCCCAGAGUAUUGUCGUAGGCGACAUAGGUCCAAAGUAUGGGUACGCUCCCAUGGACAACGCCUAUUGUUUGUUCAACCAGCACCGUGUCCCCCACAGUGCCAUGCUGUCCCGACAUUCUCGUCUCGACCCAGAGACCGGGGUCUACAUUAAGCCUAAGAAUCCAUCUUCGGUCUACGGCCAGCUGACUAGAGGACGCUCAGUCAUUGUCAUGAAUGCUCGUCUGGUGUUGGCCCGCGCCGUGACGGUAGCAGUACGCUAUCUGUCCAUCCGACGCCAAUUUCGUGACCAGGAUAAUCCGACUCAGCCGCUGGAGACACCUGUCCUCGACUAUACCACGGUGCAGAUCCGGAUUUUGCCCCUCUUGGCAACGACCUUCGCCCUCCACUAUUCAGGUGCUCAUAUGCGCCAGCUGUACGAACGUACACGAAAGAACGAUACUACAAUUGAUACCGUCGAUCAGGCUGCUCUCUCAGAGCUUCACAGCACAUCGGCGGGUCUGAAGAGCUUGGCCACCACGCUCGCAGCAGACGGAAUCGAGAUCUGCCGACGCUCUAUGGGCGGCCAUGGAUUCGGCGGUGGCACGGGCCUCGUGCAGCUGAACGCGGACUACCUGUCAAAGCCAACCGUCGAGGGUGACAACUGGAUGAUCACACAGCAGGUUGCACGGUAUCUAAUCAAGAAGGUAAAGGAGCAGGCACACGCACCUGCGAGUCGGUCAUUGAGUCAGACCGAGGCGCACAUCAAAACGUAUCUCUCCGCCCAAACCCGGGAGCCGAAAUUUAACGUUCUGAAGAGCGAUCAGGCGAUCGUGGAUGCUUUCAACUGGCGCAUGGCCUGCCUGGCCUGCCGGGCAUAUGAUGCUCGAGAGAUCCAGAAGAAGUCCUGGAACAGCCUGCUCAUCGAGUUCCACAAGCUGAGCAGGGCCUACUCCCAGGCCAUGCUGGUGUCGAAUUUUUACUCGGCGAUAGCGGGCCACAGCAACGACAUCGCGCUUCUAGAUCCGCCGACCCGCUCUGUCCUACUCGACCUCUUCCGGUUGUUCGCCCUUCACACCAUGGAUUCGGAAGCUCGAGACUUCCAGAACUCGGGCGCUGUCUCCUCGGAAGACCUGAAUGAGUUGCCCGCGCGAGUGCUGGAGCUGAUGGAACGAAUAAGGCCACACGCUGUGAGGCUCGUGGAUGGAUGGGCAAUCCCGGAUUAUCUGCUUGACAGUGCCCUGGGUCGCUACGAUGGCCAGGUCUAUGAAGACCUCUUCCAUCGCGCACAUGUCUUGAAUCCUUUAAACAGGGUGACCUUUAACCCCGACUACAAGACCGACGAGAUUGUCAUGGGAAGCGGUGAUGCAGGGCAGAUCCUGGCCAAGCUGUAGAUAUCCAGGCUAACCAGGGGCAAAACGGCACAUUGUGAUAGGCACUUGAAGCACCGCUUCAUUGUGAAUUUGUGAGCGGGGUUGGACCAACGGAG